UGACUUGAUUAAUUCAAUAGUGGUUCAAUAGUGACUGUGGUCAUUUGGUUUUGUCAGUUGCUUUGGAUAAUUAAUUUAAACUCUUUAAAUGAAUUGACUUUUCUCAUUGUUGCUUUAUUGUGACUUGAAGUUAGUUAAAGAUGAUUGCUUCCAAAUCAAUUGGGUUGACUUUAAUUUUCACAUUAAUUACUGUUGUGCAGUCAGGUUCGGUUAAUGUUAAAUCUCAGUGUCCAAAAGGCACAGUUUGUUCAUUGUAUUCAGACUGCCAUUCAACCGAUAGUGAUGAAGAUUUGGAGGAUUUUUGUACCUUGGAUGGUCGUCUAGGAUUAUGUUGUCCAGUUAAAGAUGAUUGUGUUGACGUUUAUCCUGGUUCUAAAUCAGUGCUCGCAUCAAUUUAUCAGGACGAUAGUUCACAUUUGUCAAAACCAUUACUUUCGAAUGAAGAUCUUGGAUCUGUUUUGGAAGAAGCUCAAUUAAACAGCGAUCAAAUUGUUGCUUUGAUCAAUAAAAUAUCAGCUGACCAUGAAUCAAAGCGUGUAAAAAGACAAGCUGAAAAUGGUGAGGAAAAGAGUCGAGAGGAAAUUUAUCAACGCAAUCUUGGAAUCGUUCCUAAUCUCAGUGAUGCUGGGUCAUCUAAGGAAGCUCUUUAUAAUCAACAGUUGACUCUAAGUUUAUCCAAAAAACUGGGCCUGAAGACACCAAAACAAGUUGAUACUCUCAAAUCGAUCCAGAUAAUUGAACCAGACAAGUGCACUAACAACAUCACGUGUGAUCAAUAUGCCAAGUAUCGUCCUAUUGAUGGCUCAUGUAACAAUCUGGAUAAUCCUUACUGGGGUAAAGUAUUGACACCUUAUGCUCGAGUUUUACUACCACAGUAUGACGAUUCUGUUGAUGCACCCAAAUUAAGUGGACCUUCUGGUAAAACUCUUCCUUUGGCUCGAUUUGUGUCAAACACAUUAUUCAAAGAUAGGCCAAUGACGCAUCACAACUUGGAUACACUGGCUCUAGCUUAUGGUCAAUUUCUCGAUCAUGAUUUAACUCAAGUUGUGGGUUCAACUUUACCCAACGGUGGAGCAAUCACGUGUUGCGAUUCUUCUAAUAAUGUAUUGGACGCUAAAUCUCUUCACCCAGCAUGUUUCCCAAUUAUUAUACCAGAAACCGAUCCAUUUUAUUCUCAAUAUAAUGUGACAUGUUUAAAUUUUGCUCGAACUGCAUUUGGUUUACCAGAAAACUGUGUUCUCGGUCCACGUACUCAAAUCAACAACUUAACCCCAUGGGUUGAUGCUUCAAUUGUAUAUGGCUCUAAUCUUGAAACCUCAAAAAAGUUGAGAGCUUUUACUGGUGGUCAACUAGCUCAUCAAACUGUCAGCUCUGGACAAAUCUUGCCACCACAGAAUGAUAUUUGUAACAAUGGAACUGCAUGUCUUGAGGGUGCUGACUCCAGAGUCAAUCAACAACCGGGUUUAAUGGCAACGCAUAUCACUUGGUUACGAGAACAUAACAGAAUUGCUAAAGAAUUAGAAAAAUUGAAUCCCGCCUGGAGUGAUGAAGAAAUUUUUCAAGAAGCCAGGAGAAUCGUGAUUGCUGAAUUCCAACAAGUUACUUACAAUGAAUUCUUACCCCUAAUUAUUGGCUCUGACUUGAUGAAAAAGUAUGACCUUUACUCUCUUGAGUCCGGCUUCAAUGAAUAUUAUGAUCCGAAUUUGUCACCUGCUAUUAUUCAAGAGUUUGCCACAGCUGCUUUCAGACUGCAUACACUGAUUCCAGGCUUCAUCGAGCUGAGAGAUAGUAGCCUGAAAGUAACAAGAAACACAUCAUUAACUAAACUGUAUUAUAAUCCAUCGGUAUUUUAUGAAAAACCAUCCGUCUUCCAGUCCAUUAUUAAUGGAUUAUUAAGUCAACCCGUUUGUCCAGCAGAUAAUAUAAUUACGGAGGCAAUAACAAACCAUCUCUUUCCUCCUGGAACUCAUGGGUCAGAUGAACCCUGGGGAUUUGAUUUGGUGAGCAUCGAUAUUCAAAGAGGUCGUGAUCAUGGCUUAGCUGGUUAUAAUGAAUGGAGAGAAGCUUGUGGUUUCAAGACAGCCAAAAAUUUUUCUGAUCUAUCCGAGUUCUUUUACCCUGAAAGUUUACCCUUGGUUGAAAAAUUAUACACAUCUGUUGAUGACAUUGAUUUAGUUGUUGGUCUGAAUCUUGAACCUCGACCUGAAGGUCAAAAUGUUGGACCCACAGCGGCUUGUAUCAUUACUGAAACUUUUAGAAGACUCAAAUUUUCGGAUCGAUUUUGGUUUGAAAAUGCUGGUCAACCAUCUUCCUUUGAUUUAAGUCAACUCAAUUCAAUUCGCAACGUAACUUAUGCUCGUAUUCAUUGUGACAAUAAUGAAAUAGAGUUUGUCCAAGAAAAUGCUUUUCUUCAACCAUCCGAUUCUAAUCCUCGUAUCUCAUGUUCACAAUUAAGCUCAAAAGGUGUUGAUCUAUCACUUUGGAAACGUGAAGCCCUCGGUACAUACGGAGCAUCACUCAUUUAAAAAGACUGUGAAAUUAAAACAAAUAAUAUUUUCUUCCAAAGUUCAACAAUUGUCUCAAAAAGUAAUAUUUAAUAUUGUAAAUGAUUUCGAGUGAGACAAUGUUUGAAUCAAAUAAUUUAAUCUAUUAAUAUAUAAACCAAUUUGAUUGCAUUUAA